GCAGCAAAUAAAGGCGCGGUUUCUGCCCCCUAGGACGCACCCAUCAUCCCACAUCAGACCAUAAUCUCGUCACUCUACCCGUUCAUUUGUCCUCGGUCACUUCGUUAAAGAUGCCGCUUUCGUGGAAAGAGACCCGUCCGGGCCGAUGGGAGCGUCCGCAGUCUUGCCUUGAGAAGAUCAACCUCAUCAAUCGAAAUGUUGAUAAAGCUCUCGACCGCGACAACUGGGCCAAGACUGCCGUGGCCAAACUCGAGUUCAGUCCGAAACUUGGAGAUCCGGAGACUGCACUGAGGGUCGCUUGGAAGCAAGUCCGUUACAACUACCCGGAGGUCGCAGCGUUUCCCUACAAUGGCACGUACAUGUACCGCAUCGGCAACCCGGAUCAGGUCGCUCUGUGGGUGUCGGCGACGUUUGUUGUGGAGCAAGAUAUGACAAUCGACCAGCUUCUCGGACAUCUUCCCCGGAAUGAGCAGAUGAUGUGCUACUUCCUUCCCAACACUUCGGAAGUCCUCAUCCGUUCACCCCACUACCGACUCGACGCGCGUGGAGCUAUCUUCUGCUUGAACUAUGUCAUCGAAUGUCUCUCAAAACCGGACCCGGUUCUCGUCUUUGGCGGAUGCGCGGAGAACCUCUCACCUAGCAUUGACGACGCCCUCCAGAUUCCCUUCGAAUACACGCCUAAGAUCGAAAAAGCGGCCGCAAAACGCAUCGCUUCACUGCAGCCUCACCACCCCCUCAUUGAACUCACACCCACCAUCACGGCAAAUGCACCUCGAGCAACAGCGCGACGCUUCACCAAGUUCUCUAGAGGCGAAACCCGCGCCAUCCUCAAGGGUUGCGAAGCAUCCUCCCUUGAUGUCACAGCCGCGCUCCAUGCCGCCGUCAUUGCCGCCGUCGCCAAGCUAGUCCCUCCCUCUGAGGUGAUGAGCUACAUGGCCUCCUUUCACUGCGACCUGCGUUUCCUCAUUCAGAAAUCCCACCGGACGAAGUUCGCACCAACGGUGUGCACCAGCGUGCUCACCACCGAAGUCGAAGUCUCCCCUCAGACCGAUUUCAAGUCCUACUACGGGCAACUGGCGCCUGUGUACGCGACCGGAUACGCACCUUACCUCGAAUCCACCGCAUGCUUCCACGAAAAGCUCGCACAGACCAUGUAUACCGGCGGCAAAGCCACUGGCAACGCGGAUGGGCAGGCGCAGCCACGGCUGGGUCCUCUCGGGGUUAUCGAUGAGCAACUCAUCAAGGAAAUCAAGGAUGUUGUGCGGGUCAAGGACUUCUGGUUCGGCGCGGAGACACUGACUAAGAGGAAGAUGGUGCAUACAUGGAUUUAUGAGGAUCAGAUCGUCUACAGUUGCUGUUAUAACGAGAGUUUCUGGGAGGAUCGGUUUGUGGAGACGUUCCUUCAGGCUAUCAAGGAUACCCUCUUGGAGGAGGUGGCCAUGGUGUCGAUGAUGAAGAGAGUGGUAUUGGAAGACUAAUGUUUGGGGAGCCCGGAUCGGCUCAGGAGGCUAAUGUCUGAUGUUUUGGAGUUGGGGUUGGGCGGCAUCGAGAUUGAAAACAAUAUACCAAGGAUUUUGUUGCAUUUCAAUACACUGACUGCUCUCCAG